AUGUUCAUCAGACCCUACCGCUUACUCCUGUCCACCGCUCGCAGAAUGGCUCAAGAAUUCAACGUGAUUGUCUACGAUAAACCCGGCACCGACCGCACCCAAGUGAGACCGCAACACGUGGCGGCGAUCCCCGCUACCGUCAACUCGGGUAUCGUCAAACUGGCGGGUGCCAUCUACCAGGACGAGGCCCGGACGAAGUUUGCCGGCUCUACCUUCCACUUGGUGGCGGAAAACAAGCAAGCGGUGCUUGAUUUCUUGAAGCAGGACAUCUAUGCUAAGGAAGGCAUCUGGGACUUGGACAACGUCGUGAUUAACCCCGUGGGCAUCGCCGUGAGAUUACCCAAGCAAAUGGACGGCGUGGAAGCGUCGUUGUACAAGAUUUAA